GAGGUCCUGCAAGAGCCCGGGCUGACCGACCAGAAAGCUUUUCCAGAGGCAAGAAAGGCCAGGAGUGGCGGAUCUAAGGGACACUGCAGAAAUGAUGACUAAAGUGAAGAGAGAGCUGUUGUGUGUCCUGCUGCUCUGUGGAGCAGUCUUCACGCUGCCCAGGCAGGAAAUCUACAUGCGGUUCAGAAGAGGAGCCAGGUCAUACAGAGUGACCUGCAGAGAUGAAAAAACCCAGAUGAUAUACCGGCAACAUGAGUCGUGGCUGCGCCCCAUGAUCAGAAGCAACCGAGUAGAAUACUGCUGGUGCAACAGUGGCCGGCCGCAGUGCCACUCUGUGCCCAUCAAAAGUUGCAGUGAACCACGAUGCUUCAAUGGGGGGACAUGUUGGCAGGCUCUGUAUUUCUCAGAUUUUGUCUGUCAGUGCCCUGAAGGAUUCAGUGGGAAACUCUGUGAAAUAGAUACCAGUGCUACCUGCUACAAGGACCAAGGUGUCACCUACAGAGGCACGUGGAGCACAGCCGAAAGUGGGGCUGACUGUAUCAACUGGAACAGCAGCAUUCUGGCCCGGAAGCCCUACAAUGGGCAGAGGCCAGGUGCCGUCAAGCUGGGUCUUGGGAAUCACAAUUACUGCAGAAACCCAGACAAAGACUCAAAACCUUGGUGCUACGUCUUCAAGGCAGGGAAGUACAUCUCCGAGUUCUGCAGCACGCCCGUCUGCUCCAAGGAAAAAAAUGGGGACUGCUACACUGGAAAAGGGUUAGCAUACCGUGGUACCCACAGCCUCACCACAUCUGGUGCCUCCUGCCUCCUGUGGAAUUCCAUGAUCCUAAUAGGCAAAAUUAACACAGCAUGGAAGAGCAACGCCCAGACACUGGGCCUGGGCAAACACAAUUACUGCCGGAAUCCAGAUGGGGAUACCAAACCUUGGUGCCAUGUGCUGAAGGACCGCAAGCUGACGUGGGAAUACUGUGACAUUCCCCAGUGCUCCACCUGUGGCCUGAGACAGUACACGCGGCCUCAGUUUCGCAUUAAAGGAGGGCUCUUCACGGACAUCACCUCUCAUCCGUGGCAGGCCGCCAUCUUCAUCCAGAACAGGAGGUCGCCAGGAGAGAGGUUCCUGUGUGGGGGGAUACUGAUCAGCUCCUGCUGGGUGCUGUCCGCUGCCCACUGCUUCCAGGAGAGGUUUGCUCUCCACCACCUUAAGGUGGUCUUGGGCAGAACAUACCGGUUGGAGCCUGGAAAGGAAGAGCAGAAAUUUGAAGUAGAAAAACUCAUUGUCCAUGAGGAAUUCGAUGGCGACACUUACAACAAUGACAUUGCACUGCUGCAGCUGAAAUCAGAUUCGCUGCAGUGUGCCCAGGAGAGUGACUCUGUCCGCACUGUCUGUCUGCCCGAAGCCGGCCUGCAGCUGCCCGACUGGACGGAGUGUGAGCUGUCUGGCUACGGCAAGCACGAGGCGUCUUCUCCUUUCUAUUCUGAGCGGCUGAAGGAGGCGCAUGUCAGGCUGUACCCCUCCAGCCGCUGCACGUCCCAGUAUUUGUCUAACAAAACCAUCACGAACAACAUGCUGUGUGCUGGAGACACGCGGAGCGGAGGGGACCAAGCAAACCUGCAUGACGCCUGCCAGGGUGACUCAGGAGGCCCCUUGGUGUGUAUGAAGGACAACCGCAUGACUUUGGUUGGCAUCAUCAGCUGGGGUCUUGGCUGUGGGCAGAAAGAUGUUCCAGGUGUAUACACCAAGGUUACUAAUUACCUGGGUUGGAUUAAAGACAAGGCGCGCCCAUGACCAAGAACAUCCAGUUCCCUGAAACCAUGGUGGACCUUGCCUUUUCCAUUUCAGAAGACACACCAGGGAGGAGUGUUUCUUUACACAGAUUUCUCCUGGACCUAUCACACAGUACCAUUGGGGGGAGAACCUGCAGGAGAGGGGAAAGGAUAUAUUUUCACAGGUACUUCCCACUCUGGAAAUUUUCAGGGGUUAAGGUCUGAUUUCAGAAGGUAUUUUGUCAGACGGAAAGACAGAUAAAUGCCAGCCCCUCCCAGGAUACCACCAUCUAGGGCAGAUAAGAGGUAGAACAAAAGCCCAACUUCCUAAUCUGUCAACGUGAGCAGCUUUGGAAAUGGGACUACAAAGAUAAAAGCAUGUCUCUGUAGUAAAAAAAUAACUAGCUCCUUCAGGAAAGAAGUAUUGCAUUAGAAAUAGAAUGUCUAUUUAUAGUCACAAGGAAGCCCAACAGGGAAGUGGACCUCCUAAUAAGAAAUGGGCUAGCUGGCCAGGUCAUGUUCCUCAGACCAUCCUUUAAGUCAAGUGUUUGGCUCUCCCCUUUCUCCACUGGACAGCUCUUGGAGGGAAUUCCUUUUGUAUACAGUGUAAAUCUUUUUUCUUUAUAAACUUUGUAACAGAAGAAUUGUACCAUUUUAAUAACUGAUAAUCUAGACUUUAGCAUAUUUAUGUCAAGUCAUUGUAGUGUUUACUUCCUGUUGCCACAAUUCUGUAUUAUACUGUACUGAAAUAAUAAAUUCAGAUUUAUUUUUCACAUA